AUGGGGAACUCUCUCCCGCGGCGGGCAACCGGCGGCGCCGCCACCUGUAGGGUGAUACUGGCGGAUUGCACCGUCGUGGCCAUGGAGGAGGGCGCGACGGUGGCGGAGCUGAUGCUGGAGCACCCGCAGCAGUUCGUGGUGGAGCUCCGCUCCUUCCUCGCCGGCAACCGCGCGGCGCCGCUGCCGGCGGACCAGCAGCUGGAGGUCGGCAAGGUCUACCUGAUGCUGCCCAUGAAGUCCGGCAAGGCUCCGGUGAGCUCCGCCGGUGAAGCCCGCCGCAUCCUGUCGAAGAAACGCUCCGGCCGGCGGUCCCACGGCACCCCUGCCGGGGCGCCGCCCGAGGAGGAGAAGAAGGCCGCGGCCGGCCCGCCGGAGCUCCCCUUCUCGGAGUUGGGCGACUCGCCGGCGCUGACGGGGAGGCAGCACCACUCGGCCAGGUUCACCAGAGCGUGGAGACCCAGCCUCCACACAAUAGAGGAGCGGGCGGCGGGGAGGAAGCUCCCCCAUUGGCUCUUCUAA